GCCAUCUGCACAUGGCUCCCUCCCCGACUUCCUUGCUGAAGCCAUGAGCCACGGCUACGUGUUGGACUGGAUCCUGUACACCUUCAGUUCAGCCAAGACGCAGCUGAACCCUUUCUUGCCGCCGGAGUGGUCGGAUUCCGCACGGAUUCUGAAUCUUUCCAGUAUCACUUCUGCGGCGGAAGCCCGACGUCACAUCGAGGAUUUUUUUCAUGGAAAUCAGCGCGCUCUCGUAUUCCAGGCUUCUCUCGAUUCAAGCAGUCAACAAACAGGACGGAUGAUGCAGCACAUCAUGCAGAUGGUGAUGGAUUGCCGGCGGAAUUCUUCGGAUCCCAUCAAGUGGGUCCUUCUCGUGAUCCACCUGGUGGUCAGCCGAAACAUACAUGUGCCUUUGCACUGCAGCGGGCAAGCUGGCUUCUCUGUGGCCUUGUUGGAUGAACUUGAACCUCCUGUACCGUGGGAGGAGACUGUUCUGACUCACACGGAUGGCAACUGGAUCGUUUCCCUUGGUUUGCUGCUGGAUAUUGUGAAGAAGAACGUUUGGCGGCUGGCCGUCGUACCCCUGCGAACUCAGACCGCUGACUCCCACGAACUGAUCCAGGCCAACAGAUUGGAUCUGCUCGCCCUUGUGGAUCAGAACUCUUUCCAGGAGGAGCUGAUCUACUACAGCGAUCAUUCCUGCCGAGGGCUGCAGAAUGUGCCGGACUUGGCAGAGGGCUGGCAGGCCAAGCUGAGUCACUCCGCGAUUGCCCGUGCGGGCUCCUUCAGGAAGGCCCAGAUUCGACAACUGGAGGCGACACUGGCAAAGGUCAUCGAGCGCUUCUGCCAAUGGGUCGCCAUCGGAAGCACAG